AUGAACCAACCACCCCGACCUCUUUCCUUCCCGCCUCGACCAACUCUCAGCACACCACCUGCACUGCAGCAGGGAUCGCUCUCGAUGGCAUACGAGGUGAACGCGUCUCCGUCGCCUGCCUAUGCAGACGUGGCGAGCGUGCCGACCAUCGUGGCCCAGCGGCGCAUCACCAACAUUCGCAAGAAGCAGCUCAUCAAGGCGGCUUCGAGGCCGUUCGACGAUCCACCACCACCGCCCAAGCCAGACGAGUGCUGCGGGAGCAGCUGCGAUCCGUGCGUCAAGACUCUGUGGAAGGAAGAGCUUGCGUGCUGGCGCGAACGUUGGGGCAGCGCUGCUCAGGAGCAACCUGCUGGCACGAAGAAACUUGGUUCAGCAGCGGCAGUCGUUGCUGAAGCUACUACGACGAGCAUGCCUGGGGGCUUUGAUUGCUGGGCUACUCUGCAUGCACCUGCAUAUGCACUCCUCCGCACCUCCAUCACUGCUGCCCUUCCACUUACCCCCUCUCAUCACUCCGAACGAAGGAGCGCCAACAUGCCUCGAUAUACUGUUCCGACACUGCUUCCCGUGGCGCUCGACAACGGACAGAUCUACCUCGAGUCGGUGGUGCAGGAUCCGCCGAAUGCGUCUUCGUGUCGCGGCCUCGCCAUCCUUGCGCAUCCGCUCGGUCGUCUCGGCGGAUCGUUGGACGAUCCCGUGAUCACACACCUGGCGUCGCUGCUACUGACGCAUGCACAGCUGCGCGUGGUGCGCUUCAACUCGCGCGGAGUGGGCAAGUCGUCCGGCUCGCCUAGCUGGACGGGCAGCUCCGAGUGCUCCGAUUUCCAGGAUCUCGUGGUGCGCUGCAUCGAUAACUUCUGCCUCGACUUUCCCGAUGCAUCGGCGGCACACAUCGUCAUCGCGGGGUAUUCGGCGGGAAGCCUGUAUGGAAGCACAGUGCGUGUGCCGCCAUCGACGUACGAUCUGAAGCAGUUCAGAGGCGGACCCAAGCCGAGGUACAUUCUACUCAGCUUUCCCGCCGGCGUCACGUGGGCGCUGAGCUUCUUUACAACAAAGACGUAUACGGAAGCGCUCAAGACGUUGCUGACGAGCAGGACGGUGCCCGGGCAAGGGGUGGGGAAGGGUGAGGAAGAGGGUGCGGCACGGGAGGAGUCAACGCCGUCCAACGAUGCAGAGUUGCAGCCGACGGCCAGCCACGUGCUCGCGGUGUAUGGAGACAAGGAUCAGUUUACGGGCAUGGCGACGUACGAGACUUGGACACGCGAGUGCAGCACCAUCGCCGUGUCGGCAUCCACGUUUCAUCAUGAGCGCAUCGAGGGCGCCGACCACUUCUACCGCGGCUCGGGCACGUUGGAUGCGCUCGAUCGAGCCGUCGGAGAGUGGCUCGACUCGCUCACGGACUAA